UAGGGACUUACGUUAUUCUAUCUGUAAUGCUGAAAAUUUGUAUAUAUAAUCAACGGAGAUUGUUUGGUGCAAGUCAGGAGGCCUUGGAACGCUUUUUUUUGGGGUGUUAGUAUAAAGUAUUUUUAUACUAAGUAACUCUGAUUUCGGACAUCUGGGUGUUAGUAGGUCUUUUUAUAGAUAACUCGCGCUUGAUCGAAUGGCACCAUAGAAAUUUGAUUUCGGGUGUUAGUGGAUGUUAGCUUCUUUUACUAAUACUUAUAUUUACUUAUAUUUAGCAUUAUAUCUAUUGUAUAGACAAUACAAGUGUCAAAAUCGACAUCUUCAAAUCUCUUCGUUUCUAUUGAACAAUUUUUCACCAAUCAAGCACCACAAAAAUUUGGCGAUUCUUUCCUUUUUCUUUUUGACGUAACGAAAAAACAAAUCGACGGUAUGCGUGAAACAAUCCAUUUGUAUUACAUGACAUUAGUUUAUCGUUAAUCUAGUUGUGUCUGGAUCAUUCUUCUUAUAGGUGGAGGACGUUUGAUGAAUCUCAUUUGUUUUGUGAAUAAAUUAGUCGCAGUGAGAAGAAUUUUUAACUCAUUUGUAAAACAUAAGGUUAAAUACUUGUAAAAGCGGUGAGUGAUGAAUUGGUACCAUGGAAGCGUCGGAGAGAUGACGUUCACCCUCGAACAGCCUAAAUAGUCUAAAUUCAUAAUCUUUAUGUUUUUAUCUAUAGCUUUGCCAGAAAUAAACAAUAAUAAUUUUUGAUGUCAUGCGCCUGUGUUUUCAAGCUACUUUUUGCCGUUGCAUUUUCUCAUGAUCGUUAGCACCUCGAACAAAAAAAAUUAUGCCAUGAAAUAGAGCACAUAUCGAAGUGUAUUUUCACCCUCUUUGAAUCCGGGAAAAGUAGACUUUCGAGUUUUUGACCACAUAUCUGCAUGGAUGCAUACUGUGAGGAGUUAGAUAAAACUAACUAGAUCAAGACUGAAGGCUCUUGUAGCAGUUUGAUUGCUGUACUUUUAUUGCUUUUCUAGAUGUUGGACCGAAUGUUCAUCUUCGGUCUUGGCAUAGUUAUGCUUUUGACAUGCCAUGAUCUUCGUCGAACAUAUACCAAUUCUGCGAAUGAAUCUUCUCAAUCUAUCGAUAGUUCUACUUUUACAUCAUCACAAAGUGAUAUACCAAUACCAAAAAUGAAAACAUCAUUCACAGCUCCAUCUGUAAAAUUUCUUUAUUGCCACAGCUGAGGGUAACUAAUUGUUAUUUUCAACGAUUUCUCUUCCCACUAUAAAUUUGUGAUAUUCUUUUGUUUAGAUAUCGUAACGUGUUUAAACAGUUUUCUCAACUCGUUCGAACACACUAUCCUCAACUAUCUGUUGUUGGCGAAAAUUAUCCGCCACCAGCUUACAAAUCUUUAUUAGCCCAAUGUUUAAGUAUUUUUAAAAUGUUGUUUUUAGUUUGUAUUUUAUUAGGACAAAAUCCAUUUGCCAUUGCCGGUUUAACAACGCCUGCCGUAUUCCAAUGGGCAUUACAAAAUAAACUUUAUUCAUGUUUAAUGUUAUUCUUUUUUUCAAAUUCACUAGAAUCAUUUCUCAUGUCAACAGGAGCCUUUGAAAUAUCUGUUAACGAUGUUCCGUUAUGGUCCAAAUUAGAAACUGGACAUUUACCAUCUGCUCAAGAUUUUCUUCAAAUGUUACGAACGUUUCAAAAUAAAGAGAAUACAAUUGGUGGAGGAGGACCAAAUAUUGGUAACAUGCCACGAUCACCGACGUUUAGUUCGUAA